AUGCCUUUGGGAAUCCACAAUCCUCUGCCCUCAUCUAUGAGGAGCGAGUGUAAGAAAGCUGGAAAGAUUCUUGCUUCUUUCGUUGAUCCAAGACAAGCCUUUGGUCCGGAUAAGAUCAUUCCGCCAGAGAUCCUGGCUGGUGCAAAGGGUCUCGCCAUUCUUUCGGUUCUCAAGGCUGGUUUCUUGGGCUCUGGUCGUUUUGGUUCCGGGGUCGUGGUUGCGCGACUGGCUGAUGGAUCUUGGUCUGCACCGUCUGCGAUCGCCACUGCAGGUGCCGGAUUCGGCGGACAGAUCGGAUUUGAAUUAACGGAUUUUGUGUUCAUCCUCAACGAUGCCGCUGCAGUACGCACGUUCUCACAGGCCGGAAGUAUAACGCUAGGUGGAAACGUUUCAAUAGCGGCUGGUCCAAUCGGCCGAAACGCUGAGGCAGCGGGAGCGGCCAGUACGAGAGGUGUAGCAGCUGUGUUUUCAUAUUCAAAAACCAAGGGAUUAUUCGCUGGUGUGAGUUUGGAAGGAAGUGUUUUGGUAGAACGCAAAGAUGCCAAUGCGAAACUCUACAGCAGCGGUGUUAGUGCUCGUCAGCUUCUUUCGGGAGCUGUCCCUCCUCCCCCAGCAGCAGAGCCUCUUAUGCGGGUGCUCAAUUCCCGCGUAUUUUCUGGAGGCCGAGCAUUUGGAGCUGAUGCCAUGUAUAAUGACAUUCCCAUCUACGACGAUUCGCAUGAUGACGUCGUUUGGGAAGGCCGCCGGGGCACUGCCUACGGAGAAGGACAACGGAGGGAACGCGCUGGCUCGCGGGCGACAGAUACUUAUGAUGAUUACGAAUAUCGGGACCGUCCUCGUCGAGCAACAACUUGGCAAGAUGACUACUAUGAUCGACCGCCUUCAGGCAACGUGAACCGUUCGAAUACAACAAGAGCUAGAGGAUAUAGUGGCGCUGGCAUUGAAUACGACGAUGAUGAAUUUUUCAGCAAUCGCAACAGACCCAGCCGCCCAACGGCACCAAAACCUGUCUUUACUCAGAAGACAGGCGCUGCAGCUGGGUUACGGGAAGACCAGGCAGUUGCGCUCUAUACAUUUGAUGCCGAUCAGGAGGGGGAUCUCGGCUUCAAGAAAGGUGAAAUUAUCACGAUUAUCAAGCGUACGGACAAGGCAGAAGACUGGUGGACUGGCAGAAUUGGCGACCGGACCGGUAUUUUUCCAAGCAACUACGUUGAUCCUGCUGUGAAAUGAUCGAUUCAUCGGUUUAUCUUCUUGCAAAUUGAACAUACCACGAUCUUCAGUACAAAUCUUCUCAUGGAAUUCACAUUCUUUCCGCUUAUGAUAUAUCAACUUGAUGCGGAUACGACUUACGUUUAGGGGUGAUCUAUUCUUUUGAUAUCGAAUUGGCCAGUGAAGAGUUAUAUGUUUGUCUUUUUUCCAACUACAUACGGGCUGCUUAUACUGCAGGAAUGUGAGAUAGAGAAAAGCAAGCGCUUUUGGUAUAAUCUCUAUUAUGUAGUUGAUCUUUUUAGCUUGGAACCGAGGUCGGUUAUUUUCUCCAGCGGUGCCAGCUAUAAAAUAUCGCCAAGGCAAAGGAA